UGGGCUCUAGUGACUGGUGGCUUUGCCAGGAGGCGGCUGCGGCUAAAGGAUCAGACCUGCGGAGAGAUAACGUGUGUCCGUCGGUUCGUACGUCCUUCCGUGUGCGGAGAGUGCUCUCAGGCAGGAGCGUGCUCUCUUCUGGGCUACAGAUAGACUGGGCAUCCGCGGCUACAAGGGAAAAGCAACCCGUUCUACUGCCUGCGCAACAAGAGAGCAUGCAGCCUGACCACCUACAGGGAGAGAAUCCUUCUACUUCCUUAGACAUGGCUUCUCUUUUGAAGACUUCAUCUCUUUCUCUAAGGAAAAAACUACUACACCAAACUGGCUUUCCACUGUACAACAGUUCUCAUGGUUUCCAUGAGGAAAAUGUCAAACAGAAACUUCAGCAGUUUGCUGGUGGAUCCAUUGACCUUCAGAAGGAAGACUGUGGCAUUGGCAUUCUCACUCUUAACAACCCAGAUAAAAGGAAUGCAUUCUCAGGAGUUAUGAUGCUACAGCUUCUAGAAAGAGUGAUUGAACUUGAAAACUGGAAAGAAGGGAAAGGCCUGAUUGUCCGUGGGGCAAAAAACACUUUCUGCUCAGGAUCUGACUUGAAUGCUGUGAAAGCUCUGGCAACCCCACAGGAUGGAGUGGAAUUGUGCAUGUUUAUGCAAAACACCUUAACAAGAUUUAUGAGGCUGCCUUUAAUAAGUGUUGCUUUGGUUCAAGGAAGAGCAAUGGGUGGAGGAGCAGAAUUUACCACAGCAUGUGAUUUCAGGCUCAUGACUCCAUCAAGUGAAAUCAGAUUUGUCCAUAAAGAAAUGGGCAUAAUACCAAGUUGGGGUGGGGCUGCCCGACUGACUGAAAUCAUUGGCAGUAGACAAGCCCUCAAAGUGCUAAGUGGAGCUCUCAAACUGGAUCCUACAAUAGCCCUGGAAAUAGGAAUAGCUGAUGAGAUAUUACAGUCUUCUGAUGAAGGUCAGUCUCUAGAAGAGGCCCGAAAAUGGUUACAACAAUUUAUCAGUGGUCCAUCAGAAGUAAUUAGAGCUUUGAAGACUGUGGUUUCAUCAGGAAAAGAACUUGCUUUAGAAGAGGCAUUAGAGACUGAAAGAGAUGUUUUGAGCACACUUUGGGGUGGACCUGCUAAUUUAGAGGCUAUUGCCAAAAGGAAAAAAUUUUACAAGUAGUUUGUAAAGAACAUGAUAAUUGCAAAUAUUUUCCACUAAAAAAAUGUUUAAAUGUCAAAAAACAUUAAAUAUAAGCAUUUUAGUAACUUUUCCAUACAGGGCAAAAAAAUAUCACAUAUUACAUUAAAUCUAUGAUUAAAAGUAUAUUUUAAAUCAGGAAUUAGAUUGUUUUCUGAGUUUUUAUCAAAUUGUUUUAUUUUUCAUUUAAUAAUAACUAAGAUCAGAAGAUAUCUACCAAUGUCAUAGACCCUCUCAGUGUAAUACACUUCUUUCUUCUUAGAAGAAAGGCAGGGUGCCUAUAGGUGCCAAAUAUUAUAUCUAUAGGCUGGGAAAUGAGAUUGUUACAUUUUGCUUUUUGUUACAAAGGAUAUAGUUAAAUGAGAGAGGGAAAAUUGGGAAAUGACUGGUGUAAAAAGAAACAAGGGGCACUGAAAAAGCUUUUUAAAACUCUGUACAAAAAAAGCAGCAGCAUGGUAUAGCAGAUAAAAAACUGGAUUUGGAGUUAGAAUUAAAAUCUUACAAUAAAAACUACCUGUAACUUGUGUAA